GUCAGUCACUAUUCGCGCGGUCUGAGCUCACUUUAUCAUUUGAUCCUUAGCGUUCCAAUAUUAUCGUUCAUUCACGGGAAAACUCUAUAUAGCAACGGACUUGUGUACGACACGAAUUUAUGUUUAUUUGUCAUGCGUUCGCAACUGAUAUUUCUCGCGUGUGUAGCGUUAGUCUACGGCAGAGACGGUCCAUGUAGUGAAUCGAGGACUAGAGCAAUACUAAAACGAUCAACCUACGACUUCUCAGUGAAAUUAUUAGAUAGAGUCUCUCAAGAAACUGAUGCACAUUUCGUUUAUUCGCCGCUGUCGACAUGGAUACAACUUGCCUCUCUAGCGGAAGGAGCUAAGGAGGAUACUCUAAACGAAAUAUGGAAUGUAACCAGACACCAUAAUAGAUACUGCUUGAAAAAGAAUUGGAAGAGAAUCAUAAAUGAAAUGGACGAUGAUUUAAAAACGGUGUACAAAAGAAAAAGUGUGUUGGUCAUUGACAAAUUGUUGAAUGUGAAAAGGUCGUUUAUAAGAAAUGUACAGAGGUUGAAUAGUUUUAAAGUGUUAUUGUAUAAUUUUAACAAUAAACAACGCGCUGCGGACAAAGUGAACGAUUAUAUUGAGAAGGCUACAGAUGGUGUGAUCACGGAUAUUUUGUAUCCAGACGACUUUAGAGCUACGGUUGCUUUACUGGCGGGUGGUGUAUAUUUUAAGAACGCUUGGAAAAUGUCAUUUAACCCCGUGUACACAUAUCCAAAACCCUUCUACUCAAUAUACGGCAAUGCUACAGUAAACAUGAUGAAACAAAUCGGAUACUUCAAUAUAACGAAUAUACCUAUAAUACAUACAAAAGUAUUGGAAAUUCCCUGUGAAAAGGACAGAAUAUCAAUGUUAGUUUUCCUACCAGAGUCCCCUUAUGCAAUGGAUUUGUUUUACUCCUUGCACAAGAUUCAAUUGAUAACUGUGUAUAAAUUGUUCCAAAGAAACGGACCUAAAUUAGUUAAUGUUCAAUUACCAAGGUUUAAUAUGACCACUGAUAUUGAUAGUUUACCGGAAUUGAUCCAUGACAUGGGUGCUAAGAAACUAUUUCAGCCGUAUAGAGCUGAGUUCAAAGGUAUUAGUGAUUAUCGUGUUUAUGCAUCUCUGAUAACCCAGAUAGCUAAUAUAGAAGUGUCCGAGUACGGUGUGAAAGCUGAGGUUGCGCUUGAGAACAUGGUUUCUGAUAAUAAUCCUGUAGAUUUCAUUGUCAAUAAACCUUUCGCGUUUAUGCUUGUAGAUAAAGUAAAUGAUCUGAUAUUAUUCGCUGGUGCGUAUUCAAAGCCGUCACUGUUUUAGUCAAUGAAACUCUUAUUUAUUUCUUUAGAACUAUAUUUAAAAAUAUCGUUAUGUAUUAGGUAACAUUAUGUCUAAUAUCACAAUAACAGUGGCAUAAGUUUAAUUGAAAAAUGAUUAUAUUAUGAUACCAUGAUAUUAAUUAAUAAUAAGUCAAUAAUUAAUAGAAAUUAUAACUUUAAUUAUAUAAGAAAAGUGUAUACAGAUGUAUUCAAAUUUUGUAUUUUAUUUGUAAUUAUUUAAUUAUAGUAAUAGAACAUAUAAAAUUAUAUAUGUCAGCAAUAAUAUACAAAUACUUUUUCUUUAUUAUUGUUAAAUUAAUAAUAAGCUUAAUUUACUAUUCACAAGGAACCUUACAAUAAACGUUCAAGUUGUUCCUUGUGAGAGUCUGGACUCUGAACUACGUCUAAACCUGUAAUACAAAUCACCAGGCUCUCUCUGAGGAUUCCAGUAUUAUAUUAUACGUCUUUUAAAAUAUAUAUUUUGUGGAGGUAAAGUUAUAAAAAUUAUAGUUUGAAGUAUGGAAUAUAUAUGUAUAACUCUAAUUAAAUGUUGGUGACUUUUAUGUUACAAAUUUUAUAUUCUAUUUAACGUAAUAAUAUAAUCUGUAUAAUUUUAAUUAUACAUUUUAUACAUAAUAUACAAUAUAUAAUUAAAAUUAUACAACAAAACUAUACUGUGGUCUAAUUAUUUAUUUUUAACUAUUUCGCACAUUGUUGUUACCGUUCGAAGAAUUUAAUUACUGUUUUUGAACACACGCAUUGUUAAAACGUGAUAAGUUUAUCCUGGUUUCCUUUUGAGGAUACCGGGA